AUGUCAGGGAUCACCUCCGCGGUCAACACCUGCGAUAUCUCCGACAGCCCCUUGGCAGAUGCCAGCGCCCAAUCAGGAUGCACAGGAGGAACUGCUUACAUGUGCAGCGAUCAGUCACCCUGGUCCAUCAACGACGACCUAGCCUACGGCUUCGCAGCCGUGAGCGCCAGCAACCCGAACUGUAGCUCUUGCUACCAGCUUACGUUCACGAGCACCGUCCUCAGCGGAAAGAAGAUGAUAGUACAGGCGACUAACACUGGGGAUGAUGUCAGCAGUACGCAAUUUGAUCUUGCUAUCCCUGGAGGAGGCUUUGGACAAUACGAUGGCUGCUCGACGGAAUGGGAAACCACUUCCGCUGUCUGGGGAGCACGAUACGGCGGACCAUCAUCCAAUACCUGCUCUUCACUCCCAAGUGCGCUACAGCCCGGCUGCGGUUUCCGCUGGGAUUGGAUGCAAGGUGCUGACAAUCCGACCGUCGAUUGGGAAGUUGUCACCUGCCCUGCCGAGCUCGUCGGAAGAUCCGGCUGCUCCGGCCUCCUCUCCAGCCGCACCCGUACCUUCACCCAAAGCCCCCACCUCUUCCCCACCUGCCCCAGUCGCCAGCAAGCCGCCCGUGGAAUCCCCAAUCGAGAAGCCGACCACCAGCCCUAA